AUGAGGCAGCAGCAGCAGCAGCAACAGAUUGAAAAUCUGGAAAUUCAAGGCAAUCCAGCUGCCGACAGUAAGAAGAUUAUCGAGUCUUUGGCAACGGAAUCCAAGACUUUCAAUAUGAUCCGGAUGGAGCAAUUUUCUUCGAUGCUUGUUGAAGAAACUGUUCACCCCCCCCGAACCAAUUUUCUGGCUACGCCACUGCAGCUUAAGAAUCAUUUCCCUGAGGUAUUUCAAACCACAUUGCGUAGGUGCACCAAAGCGCAAGUGAAGCUCUACCUGAAGCCCGAGGCACGCCCUUCCUACUGCCCAAAACGACCAGUGGCGUACGCUGCACUUCCCAAGGUAGACGAAGAACUCGAAAGGCUCCAGAACAACGGAAUAAUUUCUCUGGUUCGGUUUUCGGACUGGGCAGCUCCGAUAGUCGUAGUACGCAAGGCAGACAACUUAUCGGUUCCUGUGUGUGGUGACUAUUCAACGGGAUUGAAUAAUGAAUUGGAAUGUGAUCGUCAUCCCGAUGCUUUUGCGGAAUUGGCUGGGGUGCGCUACUUCCAACACCUUGACUUGGCUGACGCAUACUUGCAGGUCGAGGUCGAGAAGGAUUCACGAAAGCUACUCACGGUUAACACUCACCGUGGCUUGUUUCAGUACAAUCGACUUCCCCCUGGAGUUAAGUCAGCACCCGGCGCUUUCCAGCGCAUCAUCGACUGCAUGGUGGCUGGCAUUCCUGGUGUCAAUCCGUAUUUAGACGACAUCUUUAUCGCUGGUCGCACCAAAGAGGAACACGAUCGCAAGCUUUACGCUGUCCUCGAACGUGUGCGUGAGUAUGGUUUUCAUUUACGCCUCGAAAAAUGUCGUUUCGGACUGUCGCAAAUUGAGUUCCUCGGACAUAUCGUAGACAAGGAUGGUAUUCGACCUGACGCUGCAAAAACGGAAGCCAUUUCCAAGAUGCAGCCGCCGAACGAUGUCAAGCAGCUCCGGUCCUAUCUCGGCGCAGUCAACUAUUAUGGUCGAUUCGUCAAGCAGAUGAAGCAAUUAAGGGCUCCUCUAGAUAACCUGCUCAAAAACGACAUCCCAUGGAACUGGACUCCUGAAUGUCAAAAGUCUUUUGAGCAGUUCAAGACCAUUCUACUCUCAGACCUACCACUUACCCACUACGACUCGUCCAAAGAGAUCAUAGUUGCAGCGGACGCAUCAAAGUACGGUCUUGGUGCUGUAAUUAUGCAUCGAUUCCUAACCGGUGAGGUGAAGGCAAUCGCUCAUGCCUCUCGCUCACUCACACCAGCUGAAAUGAACUACGGCCAAGUAGAAAAAGAAGCAUUAGCGCUCAUUUUUGCGGUCACCAGUUUGCAUAAGAUGCUGUACGGAUGCCACUUUCUCCUGCAGGUUCAAGGAAAGGUAUUCCGGUAUACACUGUGAACCGUCUGCAGUGCUGGGGCUUGACAUUGCUGCUUUAUGAUUCUGACAUUAAGCACAUUUCGACAGCCAACUUCGGUUAUGCAGAUUUCCUAUCCCGAUUAAUGUCAACCCAACGUAAACUGGACGAAGACUACGUAAUAGCCUCCCUCUACGUCGAAUCCGAAGCCAAAGCCAUUCUCGACGACACCAUCAGCAAUCUUCCAAUUACACAUAAAAUUGUGGGUGUGACUGAUUGUGGCUGAAACACGAAAGGAUCCAGUUCUCCAGCAAGUGGUAAAUUUCAUCAACGAAGGUUGGAUAGCACAUGCAAAUCAAAUCGACAUUCCUGACGUAAGAGGAUAUUUUGCUAGAAGAGAAGGACUUCAAGUCGUCGACCACUGUGUUAUGUUCGGCGAUCGAAUCGUCAUACCCUUCAAGUUCCUCAUGCAUAUUAUUCGUCAACUUUAUCGUGGACACCUAGGAAUUGACCUCAUGAAAGCUCUGGCCCGCAGUUACAUCUACUGGCCACAUAUCGACGACGAUGUAGCUAGAUUUGUUCGUCAGUGCACAGCGUGUGCUGAAGCAGCAAAGUUUCCGAAGAAAACAACAUUG